AUGCGUUCGGACUCGAACUCGCCGCAUUCACCAAUCUGUGUCACUCCCGAGGAUUUCGCCUCGAUCCACGUCCAAGCGCCCCAAUCUCCCAUCCAGGUGGACCGGUUCCUCUUCGCAGCGUCGCCGGACGACUUCGCCCGAGCCGGCCGGGGUAGAGAAGGGCUCUCCAUCCGGCGCGCGGAGCAUCUGCCCUCCCAGCCCCUUGGGCCAUUCCCUUUUCAAAGUGUGCCGUGCCACAUGCUCCACAUGCGCGCGCCCCUCAUACCUUUAUACCCGAUUGCCACAUCCCCCGUCGAGCGGGCGUCGAAACCACCCGUCGCUCAUCUGGCCCUGUUGGGAUGUGAGACCCAUACCGGGAAGGCCCUUGCUCUGCUGUUCUCCGUUCAGCGAUCCCCAGGUGGGACAUACUGGUGCAUUGGGAGUCAGUCGUCUGUGCCUAUGGACACCAUGGUAAUCCGGGACCCCUCCGUCGUCCGCAUCGUGGCCUUGGAUUCGCGGGAACUCUGUGUCCCGACGUCGGCGACUGCGAGCGUUUACGCGCCGCUUAGCGCGCCGCCCUCUGCCGGGGACUCAUCGCAGUCCACCUCGGUCCAUCGUGCACUCUCCCAGAACGACGGGCAGUUCACUAUCAAGCUCUCGGGGUGGUGUGCGGUGACGCUUGGAGUGAGCCAGUACUACCUGUUCGAGUCCUCCGAGCCGCAUACGUACCUCCUCUCCCUUCCGCCGGACUACGAGACGUGUCCCCACAUGACAAGCAGCUCCGACACCUGUCCCUUCGCGUCAGGAGCACAACAGUGUCCCGACUCUUCGGCGGUUCUCAAGAUCACGUUCUCCAAUUGCGACUCGAGCACUUGCAGGAGGCCCGAUCCCCCAAAUCGCUAUUUGUGGGGUGAUGUCAAGAUCGACGUAGCUUCUCCGAAGACAUCCAUGCUCCCGAACCCUGCCGCGGAAGGCUGCAGAGGCGUCCAGCACCAUGUCACGUCAUGGACGCUGCGAGACGGCGUCGCCCUCAAGGCGUUCAACUUCCAGAUCCGAAAGAUGCAAGAUAUCUCUACCCCGGAUUCGUCCUAUCCUCGACCGCGCGACACACGCAGCCAGAGCAUACUAGUCACGCUGGCUCUCAAGCGGAUGCCGUCCGAGCGGUCCGAAGAGAACCACGAGUUUCUGCUCGAAGUCGACAUCUGCAAGCAAACGCGCUCCGUGACCGCCGCCUCGUCCCCUGUACGCGGCUCAGAAAUCGACCCAAAUUUCCUCCGCCCGACGCACACGUCCCCGACAGCUGAGUUUGGAAGACAGCACAGUAACCUAUGGCCGAUGGUGCGCACCCGGUCCAAUUCGGUCGCGAACCUCUCAACUGCAAGUCCUGCCGUUGGUCAAGGAGACCUCCCGGUUCCAGAUAUCGGUCAGCGGCGUACAAGGUCGGCUAGUUUCUCGGGCGAUCCAUCCCCGACACCAUCGUUCCCGCCGGUACCCAUCCUCAUUACUCCCGCGCCCGCACCCGCCAUCCCCGUCGCGCGAACCCCUGCUGCGCCUCCGUCUAUCCCGUCUCCUUCCCCCAUGGCUCCGAUCCUCGUGGUACGCAAUGCCACGGCUCCCGAACCUUCAUUGCCUGUCGCUGGUCCAUCCAGGCUACCUGAGCGACUCGCUCCAAGCGGUCUUGGAGAUGUCGCCGAGGUCGUAGUAGAGCGCACGCCGCAGAACAACGUCGCGGGCGAUGUCGAGACCACCCCCAAGGUGCCGCGGAUGCGGAGGAAGAUCGCUACAGCCGCGUUGAGCAGAAUCAGUCGGAUUAUCAGUAGUAGGUUUGGCAAGUGGGGUCGCAGGCAGCGGCAGGAGGAGCGCGGCGGACAGUCGGUCGAGCUUCGGAUGCGCGGUCCGCGGUGA